AUGACCUGGCUGCGCAAGCUGCAAUCGUCGGGGCUGCCUGACCAGCUCAGGGCCAUGGCGGCGUAUAGCUAUGGCCAGGCGGUACUGAAGUUCGUGGAUACGACGGAAGGGAGGCGGGUGUGCUACAUGCUGGCUGCAGCGAACGGCGUAGUGUGGGCUGUGUGGCAGAUACCACGAAUGCAGGGUGUCAUGCUGAGGACAUUCGCGCAUCAUCCGCUCUCCGGCCUGUCAUACACCAUGCUCACAUCGACAUUCAGCCAUAGCGCUUUCUUUCACUUGCUAUUCAACAUGAUGGCGCUGCUGAGCUUUGGGUCUAGUGCAGACGUGUACUUGACGUUACAACAGCGAGCAGACCCCUCGAACCUCCGAGAGUCCACGAGCCAGUGGCACUUCCUCUCAUUCUUCAUAUCAGCCGGCCUAUUUUCCUCGCUCGUCUCCCACGUCGCUACAGCGAGGAUCAAGUACCCCCAGCUCAUCGCUCAACUCGCCAACCCCGCGAAGACAGCCGCGCCCGCAGCCUCCAUAGCGGAGGGCGCCGCGGCCGUCCGAUCUACAUCCGCGCUCACCGGCAGUGAAGCCCUCACAAGUAUCAAGCCCUCGCUGGGCGCGUCCGGCGCGAUAUACGCUACCCUGACGCUCACGGCGAUGGCGUUCCCCGAAACGCACGUCUCGCUCAUCUUCCCGCGCGCCGAGAUCCCGAUCCAGUACGGCGUGUGUGGAUUUAUGGCACUGGACCUCAUGGGCGUCAUCCGUGGGUGGAGGCGGUUCGACCACUAUGCGCACCUGGGCGGAGCGAUGUUCGGUUUGUGGUACUACGCGUACGGCCCUAAGGUUUGGGAGUCCUUCCGAGAGAUGACGCUGGCGGGCUGCCGCGGUCGCUCCAGAAGGCGUGAGCGAGUUUCGUGUUCGGUGCCCCACUUCGCAUGCAUAUACUGGACCCUCCACUCCACUCAACAGAAUAUAGUUCAUCGCUCCUGCAAAGCGUCCUUCGCAAUCUCAACUGAAGGAAAAUGCGAAUGGGAGUUACAGUGCUUGCUCUCCGGCAUAUUCAAGUUGAAUACUUCAAUGUCGAGCCACGUGCCAGUGGGCUGA